AUGUCCUCGGAUCCGGUGGCAAUGAUCAACUUCCUGCCCAGCCAAUUCUGCCCGUUCUGGUCAAUCUCGUUCCAGGCGGAUCGUUCUAUAGCGGUUUUCGACCUCCCCUUCGGGCUUGCGCCAGAAGUCAAUGGGGUCUUUGUGGUCCCACGCGGGAAAGAGGUAAAUCUUGAAACCGACGGGCCAGGGCGAGGGUGCGGAUGUCGUGCUGGAGUGCUCCGGGGCGGAGCCGUGCGUGCAGCUGGGGAUCUACGCCGCCCGUCGGGGGCCACGUUGGUGCAGGCAGGGAUGGGCAAGGAGGUCAUCCAGUUUCCCAUCACGGCGGUCUGCACUCGCGGACUGACCAUCAAGGGCUCCAUCCGGUACCUGACCGGGUGCUACCCGGCCGCCAUUGAUCUGAUCGCGAAGGGCAAGAUCGACGUGAAGCCGUUGGUCACGAACCGCUUUCCGUUCGAAGAGUCGGAGAAGGCGUUUGAGCUGGUCAAGGCGGGAUGCCAGGAUGUGUUCAAGGUGAUGAUUGCCGGCUUUCCGUAGUCAUAUGCCAGAUUGAAGUCAAUGAUGAUGCGUUUCCUUCUAUGUUCGGCAUCAUAUCAUUUCUAGUAGAAGUGUUUCUGUCGACAUGCAGAAAUGGAGUAUCUGAUCACGCCUGAAAAUUCAUUUCUAGCCGUCGUUCUCAGGCCUGAGUUUCUAGGUACAACCAAAGAUCUCACUGAUAUAAGCGCUUGAAGUGUCAGGACCUGGAGUGCUGCGUGUGAAUCAAACCCCCAGCACAUGUCGUACCGAGAAAGAACAUCAUCGGCCUACUCUGUCCGCAAUCUCGGAGCCUUGGGCACAAGUAGCCAACUAAUCCCGGUAGCGCACAGAAGCGCCAGCAACAUCGGCUGCAGGGCCUUGACGCCGGUAUGGACGGAGAUGAUCCCCGUCAGGACAGGGAAGAGCGAGCCGCCGACUUGGCCGA